CAUUAAUUCAAUCAGUUGAACUAAAUCAAUGUUACGUUACAAUCAGUAUUGUAAAAGAGAAUGUAAAAAUUAUGAAAGCAAUGCCUUUUCGCUUCAAUAAAGAUAACUCAGAGUUCAAAACACAGUAG